AUGAUAAAUGAUACGUCAAAUUCAGUGACAGCUAAAGUAAAUCAUUUGAUUAUAUUGGAAUCAGAGAUUCCAUUUGAAGCUAAAUGUGUUAUUAAUUUAAUUGUUGCUGCAAAAAAAUUAGUAAAAUAUGUAAAAUUAAUCAGUAUCAAUCAAGCUGUUGAAGAUAAACCAUCGCCACGAUUGGUACAAUGUACAAUUGUUUGA